AUGGAGGGAGACUCCGAGGCGGAGAACACUCCGCACAACCAGGAUUACGACAACGCACAUAACAAUCGCUACUCAAUUCAAAAAUGUGCUGAAAGGGUUCCGGCGAGCCUGGAGAUCCAAAAUCUCGACGAUGAGGAGUGGAAUCCUGCAACGAUGAAUACUGAGAGCAGUAUUUUGGGCGAGUAUUUGGAAGUCCAGCGCUGGGCUACCCCUGAAAAAACUAAUUCAAACCGUGGUUCCGUCACCCAUCGUAGAUCGACUCACAGGAGUGCCUGCAAUCGAUCCACUUUGGAAACAGAGAUCUCGGUUUCGUCUGUGACCCAGCAAAAGGACGUCAUAGCUGAGAUUAAUAUAGACUUUAACAAGGUGCACAGACCAUGUCCUCAGAUCGCUGAGGUGGACACCGGCACUCCUGAGACGUGUAACAAACGAAAGUCACGUCACAGACUGUCUGAAGAUCCACAGGCGCAUUCGAAAAGCUCAAUCUGCAAGACGGUAAAAAGUUUUUCACAAACAGUACCUCUGACACCGAGUAAUCCGACGCACCACGUGGCAUUUAUUAGUAGGGACAGCGAAGCAGAGCCUACCAUAAAGGAAGAUUGCAAAGACGGCCAAGACAUCAUUAGAACUACUCUGAUGGAGUUGAAGGAGAGCGUGAAUAUCAUUGUUCAGGAGCUCUGUUCACAGUCCAGAGCCCCUCGCUGUGAAUCCGAGAUAUGGGAGGAGAUACAAGACGUGAAAGCGCAGUUAUGCGAGCUUAGCAUGGAUCUGAAAGGCCGAUCACCGAUCGGCAUUUCGCCAGAGCCGAUAUCUAGGCCAUCUAGUUCUGCCGUGGACGCAGAAUUAUCCCUAAAGAAGGAGAUUGAGGAGUUCAAGUCGAGUAUCCACCAACUUAGCGCCGAAGUUAGGUCCUCAUUGGUUGCCUCCUCUAACAAAGGAUCAGAAGGUAACCUUUCCAGAGAAAAUUCGAUGCAGCAGUGCACGGGAAGUGUUGAACUGUCAGCUAAAGUAGAUUGUGUGCCUAGUGCAUGCAAUGAAGUGACUGUUCCGAACGCCUGCGAGGAAAUUCAAUUAGAAGCGGAUCUCUUGCAAUGUUCAUCUAAGGAGACCGAUCCGGGGGUGUCGAAGCAGCCUACGGAGGCAAAUCAAGCUGAACAACUAAGUCUACCCGCAUCAGAAGCCCACCGAGGCAGUGUCAAUCAGUUUGUCCUGAACAAACUGGGCGAGCUGCAGACAACAAUCGAUCAGUUGAAAUCUACCGAUCCGGCCUACCUGGAUAACGCGAAGCAGGACAUACUAGAUGCCCUGUCGAAAGCCAGAGCAAGCGUUCAUUCCAACGAAAAAGACCCCUGUGCUGAACGCGCCUCGACAAUGGCCACUCCAGAUGCCGAGGCAAGUGAGGAUAUUGCGAGAUGCCAUGAGGUUCACGACUGUCAAGAUGGCCGCACGUCAGUUAAUUCACUUGGUUCUGGUGGGCGCAAUAGUCGCGUGCAGACACCAAGAAAUCAGCCUGAGAACCACACCAAGUCUCUUGACAGAGCCUUGGAAGUCCUAGGGGACAUGGAGAACCUGCUUGAUCCUAAGCACUGUGUCCUCAGCAAGCCUGCCUGCCCUAGAGCCCUCGACUUGGUCAGCCAAAUCAAGGAACUCAUGAAGUCCAGCAUCACCCCUCAGGUCCCCAACCACCACCAUCACCAUCACCCCAACUGUCCCUCGCAUGGGGUUAACCGACACAUGAAUUGCCGUUCUGCGUCUCCACGCUCAGGACCUCGGCAUUGCAUGCACGAGGGGAGGUGCCCCAACCACAAGGGAUGCAGAGCGAAUCUCAGCAAGCGACCCAAUCCGUGCGCUAAACGCGUGUGCAACCCAAAACCCUGUGCCGCCAAAGUCAGCUGCAUGGAAGAUCAUCACCAGCAGAUGGACCCAAGGGAUAGUGUUACCACACAGGUACUCAGAAUGCUGACGGAUCUUCGGUGUGAACUGCAGCCACUUGAGAGUGGGAUGAAGGAGGCAGCUCUGGCUACACUCGAAGAAAUCCGUGAUAUAAUCAGGUCGCUUCAACCUGACCAACAGCAGCAGCAGCAGUCGCAGUCAGAUGACAAAACGCCGGAUAAGGCCCUCUUCCGUUCGAGCCGCUCAAGUUAUGGACCUCAUUCAAGAAUGAGCCCUGUGGACGAAGAGUCCAAGGUGGACUCACAGCACCAAUUGCCCAACGAUCGCCAUCCAGAGGAUCGCGAUGGUGGUCGACGGUCUCUGACAAAGUCUGGCGGGAAUCCUCCGUUGGCUGCUUCACUGCCUCAGGCCUGCUCAGCCCCGGAAUUGUGUCAAUCAGAAGGAAAUCAACUGGGCUCUCCCACAAUUGGCAAUAUCAGAGAUCGGAUCAUGUCGCUCGUGUGCAAACGUGAGGAGAUUUCCCGUGAAGACGCCAAUAAAAAUCUACUCGGGAUUUUGUGUGACAUGGAAAAGGUUUUGAACGGUGUGGAGGCUGGGACUACUAACUCGCAUCUGGACCCAACCGCCAGAGCAUCGAACAUCAGUAGGCAACAGUGCGAUGAACCGAUAGAACUACAGAGUAUUCACAGCAAAAUAGACGACUCUGACAAGGGAUACUGUCCUAUUACUGAAACCGCGGAGUUGCAAUAUCUCAUUUCUGAACUUUACCAGGUUGUCCAGCCUUUUACACAGCCCGCAAAAUCGCCUAGAUAUGAUAUGGAAUCUCAGCUACAGGGCUUGGUGGACGGUGUGAAAUAUGCUCUUCAUACCGGUGGAGCUGAUCUGAACACUUUGGAGAAGAUGGGGAACAUUUUGGAGUGCAUGACAUGUGAACUUUGUCGACAAGGCCCCGUUAGUCCAAAAAUUGUUGCUGAAAUCGGCGAAGUUCUGCAGGUGAUACGGGACACGACUACGGGCGCAGGACACGUCACUUCAAAAGCCAACGACGCUAGCAUGAUGCGGACGGAUGUGGGUGAAUCCUGCGAACAGAAAGUAAUAAAAACGCUAAACAACAUUAAACAAAGCAUCAGGGAAUUUGAAAGCUCAUUCUUUGAGCAAUCAGAACCCGUGCUGUCUCCGAGUAGAGAAAACACGGACCUUGGUAAGGUGGAUGCCGACUCAAGACGUACCUGUUCCAUGAUUUCUGGCCAAAACAAGCUUGAAGAGGAGAAAUCCCAAGUUCCUGGAAUGAAAGACUCGUUCCCGGUGCCAGCAGACUCCAAAAUAUCCCUAAUCUUGGUUGAACUGCGCGGAAUCGUUCAAACCUUGGAAACCGAGGGUUCCCUACUGCGAAACAGUACGGUCACAAAGAUUACAAACACAUUCAGUCAGAUUGAAGGUGUCCUGAAGGCAAACCCACAGAAUGCCAGUGUUCUCGCCGACAUAAAACAAAGUCUUGUGAAUCUGGGCGAGAAAAGUGGUGCAGCUUCGGGGCUUAAAGACGCGGACAGCGGAAGACGUGGAGCCAACAACAACAGUCACCAGCAGAACUGGAACAACUUCGUGGAGUUCGAAACUGAAAUUGAGGACUCAUUGUACUCACCAGCUUCCAAUUACAUCGAGCGAAUCCAAGGCGAUGUCACACCGUCGAGAUGUUCAGUAUCCGAAGAGUCGUCACCAAGGCUGUUGAAUCCGGCAGAAUUAUCCAGAAUUCUGAAAGACGUCCUUAGCAGCAAUAAUUCAAAGAGUGAUAUUUCCGCAAAGAUUAUGAAAUUGUUGGAGGAUCUCAGGGAAACUCUUGAGGAAGCGACGACAACAUCCAACGCUUCAGUACGACGCAGCACCAUCCGAGAUGUUGAGAAUGUGCUGAAUCAGAUUGUGAUAUGGUGGGACGAGCAGGAGUUUGCGGAUAGAUGUGCUUCGGCGAAUCACAGAAUCUGCUGCAAGGGGCGCAGCGAUCCAUCGAAGAUUUUACGGGAGCUAGUAAAUAGCAUUCAAGCAUUAAAAGAAUGCAAUGAAGAGUCGUCCAAGUGUACGAGGCCAUCACUUAAAAUUGAUUGCGUUGACACACCGGAGUGUACGUCGGCGUCAGAGACCCAGUCAUGCAACAGUUCACGAACUCACUGUCCAUUACCCAGGCAAGGGGGUUCUGUUUGUUGCCAAAAACCGAUACCAGAAUGCUACAGGGCGAUGCAACAGGCAGAGAAUGGCAGAUCGGUUUGUUCGAUUGGCGCUUCAUGCUCUGCGAGCAACCCACCCCAGAGCUGUUUGUUAAAAGGCCAGGCAGAACUAUCGCUAACAAGCCUUAAUGACUCUGAAUGCUCCAAGCAGGCCGAUGAAGAACACGUCUGCGAUGGGGAGACGGUGGAAGCAUGUGGAGGUCAGGAAGUUCCCUCAGAGCCUCAGUUACGAGGGCAGCAGACUUCCCAGCGAUCGCCGACCAAUCGAGAAUCGCCGUUGUCUUUUUCGGUUGGUUCCGGCCGAUCCACGGAUGCAUCCUUAAACAAGCAAGUGGCGGGAGCUUCUGUUGUUUCAAGAUCUUCCAAGGCCGGUGAAUCUCCUAGGACCACUGGCACUCCCAAGGGCACGUUUUUAUUUACGGAAUCGAAUUUACCGGCAAAUGCUCUUCAGAAGAACUCGGCUACCCGUGGCCCGUCCUCCGUGUCUGCUGUUCCCUACAUUUCAGAGGAACCUCCAUCACGGCACCAUUCAGACAUUGAGGAAGUUGUAGGGUUGGGUCAAGGCCGCGUGAGCAGUCCCGUACUCGCACGCGAACAGCGCAAUAUCGAUGUGUUUCAGAGCAUGAGCGUCAGCGAAAGACCUAGUAACAUGUCCAGAGAUGGAAUUAGCCACCCCGAUUACCCAGACCACAGGGCAUCAGGUAGCACUAGGCUGCAGAGACUGUCGGAUAAGUUUAGGCACAAUUUAAGUUCCCUCACUUCGAAGUUACGUGGGUCGAAGGAGAUUGAAGAAGAGGGUGCAACGGGCAGAGGUAGAAGUACAAAGACCCUCUCAAGUCGACUGAUCAACUCCAUUAGGUCGCUUUCUCCAAGAAGCCGCAGUUCCGAGAGUGGUGUUCGAGCCGAGGGUGAGGUGACGAUGCCACGGGACAACGAUGUGGAUGAACUAACUGAGACGCUCCGCUACACAAUGGGUUCGGUUCCAGGAGCCCCCAACUGUGAUCUGGCAUCCCUUUGUUCAAAGGUUGCAGCAAUGCUCCCUGAGGGUAGGAGCACCGUGAAAUCGACUGCUAGAAAUGGCAAAUUAUCGGGCUCAAUGGAGUCGGUGAUAUCAGAGGAGAUACUUCGUUCAAGGGGUUUACCAGCCCACGAAUCACCAGGCUCGCCGGAGGCGCUAUGCGCCAAAGUUGUUGCCAUGGGUCCGGAAGGCAAAGAGAUUCUCAAGGCUGCCAUAGAUCGCACCAGCAAGAUGAACGCUGGACGGUCGAGGGGUAGCUGCAGAAGUCCAUGCAGAAUAGAACCAACAAAUCGGUGUGGUUCAAGGCGAAAUAAUACAACACAUAGUGAUGUGGGCGGUUGUUGUACCACUCUGCGUCCUCCGAAGCCAUGCCCAGUGGCAUUUAGCGUGGAUACAGGCAGCUCGUGUGACAAGGAUCAACGACAGGCAGCAGAUUUGGAGACCAAAGCGGCGUUAGACGAGAGCCAGCUGAACCAGAGACCUGAAAGAGUCAGUUCUUUGGACGAAUUCGGAGAAGCAAGGCCGCUAGGAUCUUCUGUAAGCGGUCAAGUACGUCCUAGUAAUUCGUAUAGACGGUCUAGACUUAAUAUUAAGUCGGUGAGUCGGAGUCCCAGCCAGGCGCUAUCACUUCCACAAGAUGGUAGUGAAAAUUCUGGGAUCUGGAAUGCCCUGAAUGAGAUUCGACACAGCAUCCAGGUAAUUGAAAACAAGGACACCAGCGCUACAAGUCCGGACGUCAUCAACAUGCUUUCUGAGGUUCGCGAUAGCAUCCACAACCUCAAUACCAUCCACCAAGACAAACUUGCAGAGGGUUCUCAAGCCCAGGUCCUAGACGCUCUGGCGGGCGUACGGAUGACAGUCAAUGAAAUCGAGGAGAAAUUUGAAGAUGCUCAAGAGCAAGCAAAUGAGGAGCUCAUGACGAUGUUGGAUGUGGUGCGCCAGAGCAUCAGAGCCGUGGAAGAAGUCAAAUUGCAGAAUGCGGACCUCACUAACCAGCAGAUAAUGGAGGCGCUUAAUGACACGCGACAGAGCGUUAUGCGAAUGGAGAGGAAAUCCAUGGUGUCUCAGGCAGAUGUGGGUCCAGAGGUUGGUCAUCUGCUUCAGGACAUUCGUUAUAGCAUUCGAGCCCUGGAGACACAUCGUUCGAAACAGAAGAACACCCUUGAGCCCGGGAUGGUGUCCGUGUUGCAGGACAUAAAGAGCGGCAUUAAUAGGAUCCAAGACAGAAAAUCCAUGAUGGCUUCCAUCGCACAACGGCCCUCCGUUAACAUGUUUGUGGUGAAUGGUUCCAAGAAAACCGUUGGUCCAGAUAUUCCAACCGACAUAACGGGAAGCCGGAGGAGUACAGACGGCGCAUCCACGCGUCGAUCGAGUUCCAGAAAUUCAGCCACCAAGAGCCCAGUUUUUAGACGACAAAGUUCAGGUGGGUCAUUUUCAGUGGAUGGAAAAACUCUCUCUCAAGGUAAUGCCAAUGUGCUGAAGAUUUUGGAAGAUAUUCAACAGAGCAUCCAACAAAUCAGCCAAGCACCCCCACCGUCGGUGAACGCUGGCGAUCAGAACUACACUGAGGUGAAAGAAAGCCUGCUUGAACUGCAGCAGAAUAUGCGUCUGCUGAUGGAGCGUCAACCGGCAGCAUUGGAUCAACUUCAGUCCAAAUUCGAAGUUGGCCAGCUGCAGCAGCUGUCAGAGGAACUAGCUGACAUACGAUGUGGCAUGAAGAGCAUCAUUGAGACCAUACCUUCGAUUGUCGAAGCCGCUCGUUCGGACCAAGGCAUCUUCGAGAAGUACACCAAGCGCGAACCAAGUCCACCCCGAAAUGGUACAUUUACAAAUGUGGAGGGUCGUGAACUGGAUACGGGGUCUCCCAUAUGCCAGAAGGUACUCGAGAUGUUGGAGGAGAUUCAGCAGGAACGAGCCUUUGAAAAUGAGAUGUUGAAUUGUAUCCGUGGGUCUCUGACACCAUCUCCACCACCUGCACCUCGGGCAUGCCAACAGAAGGUCGCCUCCACCCCCUCGCUUUCAAUGCCUCCUGUUGCUCUUUGGAAAACUGAACCCGUUUACCACGACGCCUCGCAGUGGUCUCGUCCACAUUCCAAUCUGGCACAAGCGAUCUGCAGACCGGUGACAUCACCCAAUCAGCUUCCACCAGCCUUCACUCUGAGUUUUGCCGGUCCCCCACCCAAGCCCCUAGAUAUGGGCCAACCAAUGAUCAUCAACAUCGACGGGCGCACAUACAGGUGCUCAAAACUGCCAAAGUGA